UCGGGAUCACGAUUCAGUAAAUAUAUAACUACGUAAACACGUGUUUAGAGCAAAAAGUUGUUUUGAGAUGUGAUUUUUGUGAUAAGUUAAUACCGUAAGCAAAUAUGAGACCAUUAACUGACGAAGAAACGAAAUCGUUCUUUGAUAAACUGUCAAAAUACAUUGGUGAAAAUAUAAAGUUGCUUUUAGAAAGACCGGAUGGAUCGUACUGUUUUAGGCUUCAUCGGGAUCGGAUAUUUUAUGUCAGAGAGGACCUGAUGAAGAAAGCUGGCAAUAUAUCCAGGAAAAACCUUCUCAGUAUGGGAACCUGCUUUGGAAAAAUGACAAAAACUGGAAAAUUUCACCUGCAGAUAACAGCUUUAGAUUUUAUGGCUCCUUAUGCAAAGCACAAAAUCUGGCUGAAGCCCAGUGCAGAGCAGCAGUUUGUGUACGGCCACCAUGUCAUGAAGUCUGGCUUAGGACGAAUUACCGAAAAUACUUCACAGUAUGAAGGAGUGGUUGUCUACAGCAUGAAUGAUCUCCCCUUGGGUUUUGGAGUGGCAGCCAAAUCCACACAAGACUGUCGCCAUGCCGACCCUAUGACCUUGGUGGCCUUUCAUCAAGCUGACAUAGGAGAAUACAUCAGGAAUGAAGAGGCUUUGUUAUAGACAACAUACAACAUGGACUCAUUUUACAAAAUUGUUAUUGUGCAUAAUUGACAUAUACAUGUAGGCACUCAAUGUCAAGUCAGAAUCCUAUCACAAGUACCGGUAUUUCAUUGAGAAAUGAAUUUCAUCUUAGCCUUCAAAUGUAGAAAAAUAAGGAACACAUUACAUAGAUUUGUAUAUAUCUAUUCAAUUACUCAUUACCAUUGAUACUUGUCAAAAUUUUACUGAUAGUAAAGGUUGGAAUUCAGCAUAUACAGUGUGAAUGUUGAGCAUAGAUCACAUGGUAAUACAAAUAUAUGUAAAAUUGUUGAUAGAAACUUUAAACUGGUUGUUAAAAAUAAAUUUUGUUAAAAAUAA